CUACUCCAGAUGCCUCUACUGCCGUGACGGGAACGCAGGGUCACGGGUGAUUGACACAUGGACGCCGGGAAGAAAGUUCCACCACGGCUCUGUCAUGUUUCCCGACAAAUACGAGGACAUGAUGGGACAUACAAUGCAAGUCACCUCAAAGGAUCUCUUCCCAUUUAUCGAGUAUCAACUUAACAGCCAGGAGCUCGGUACCACCGUGACGCCUUUGGACUCCCUCGAUGUGCGCAUGCUCAACAUCACGGCGAAAAUACUAAAUUUUACGUACAUCAUGCGCAUGCCCCCGGACGACGAGUGGGGAACGUUCAGCAACGGAAAAUGGUCGGGCAUGGUGUACCGCUUGCAGCAGAACCUGGCUGACAUCUCCAUGAUGCUCUUCUGGUCCUACGAGAGGAAACUGGUGAUUGACUUCACAAGGAUCUACGUCGACGAACCUUUCGUCAUGGUGACGAGGCAGCCGAAGCCUGCCCCUCAGCACCUGGCCCUCAUCAGGCCAUUUUCAGGGGUAGUGUGGCUAUCAGUAUUCCUCGCAGCUAUGGGUUCUGCUGUGGUCUUUUGGGCUCUGCAGAAGGUCUGGGCGGCUUUCUCUGGGUUCCCAUCCAUUUCGUUCUCCACGGCUUCAAUGAACAUCUGGGCGAAUCUGCUGGAGGAUACUUUACCAAUUUUGCCUUUGAAUGAUGCAGGACGGAUGUUCCUGGGAUGGUGGAUGAUGUUCACCAUGUUGGUUCUGACGGUGUACAAGUCUUCGCUGAUAGCUCACCUGUCUGUUCCGGUCACCCCGUCUCCCAUCGAUACCAUCCCGCAGCUUCUGAAAGUGGAGGGUGCCACUUGGGGCAUGGAACCCGGAACCGGUCUCGGGUGGGACUAUUUCAAGAACAACGACAAUGCUGAUGUGAAGGGGAUGUUCAGAACGCUGUUGUUGCUGGAAGCUGACGAACAGAUGCGCCGUGUGUUGGACGGGUACCAUGCCUUCUUCACCUGGAAAUACUACAUAAAGACCAUCAUCGCAUCCAACUUCACAACCGCCCUUGGAUACACGCCCAUCCACAUCAGCAGGGAAGAGUUCAUCCCAGGUCCUACUGGGUGGGGUGUUAGGAAGGGAGCCCCAUUUCUCAACUCGCUGGACAGGAUCCAAGACAGAUUGGUAGAGGCUGGUAUAGUCAAUUACUGGCUGCGAGAACUCUUCGAAACAGCCGUGUGGAAACGACGCAUGAUCAGGAAGAAGAAAAUCUUAGCCGGGGAAGAACAGGAAAAGACCUAUUUGCAGGAAACGCCUCAUGAGGGAGCUGUGGUGCUGAAUAUGAAUCACUUGCAAGGGGCAUUUUACCUUCUCGCCUUGGGCAUCGUCUUGAGUUCCUUUGUUGCAAUCGGGGAGAACGUCGUCCAUGCCACCUGGAAAGCAUAGUCGAUGGUAUCCCUUAACAAGAUGUCAAUCAACGUCAGUCAAGAUGGCUGCUAGCUAUUCCAUAGACAGCAUCUUUAUCUGGGUUUUGUUUGACGAAUGAGUUUGUUGAGUAGGCAGAUAUGAAACUGGGCAUUCACUGGGAAAUACGAAUUGUCCUCAAUAUCCAGAUUAAUCAAAAUAAAUGCACAUAUACCUAUAUGUGAGGUUUGUUGAACCAGAUUUGAAACUAGUCAUUCAUAAGAAAAUAAACAUUAUCCCCAUUAUCCGGCUUAAUCAAAAUGAAUGGCACUUAAGUUAAUGAUAUAUAUUCAUGA